CUUCACACAGAAAAAGACUGAGAAACUCCCAAUGACAACAACAGACAGCAGAACUGCGAGUAAGAAUGGCAACGGCAUAUAAAGAGCCUGAUGAGUUGAGGAUUGUGCUCAUGGGAGUCUCUGGUGUUGGAAAGAGUGCAACAGGGAAUGCAAUACUGCGCAGAAAAGUGUUUAUAGAGAGCAGCACACUAGAAAGUGAACUACAGAGAGGACGAGUAGAAGACAGAAACAUCUCACUGAUCGACACUCCAGGAUUCAACAACACCGAACUGACUGAUGAAGAACUGCGGAAUGAAAUGAUGAAGAGUCUCUCUCUCUCUCAUCCUGGUCCUCAUGUCUUCCUACUCAUCAUCAGACUGGACAGAUUCACUGAGGAUGUGAGGAAGAUUGUACAAAACAUUCAGGAGAACUUUGGAGAAGAAUCUUUGCUGUUUAAUAUGGUGCUGUUUAUCGGACGGGAAAAAAUUUCCAGAAGAGAGCUGAAUCAAUUUAUUGAGAAUAAAAAAACAAAAAAAUUGCUGAACAAUUUUAAAGGAAGAUUUCAUGUGAUAAACAGCAAGCAUGAAUGUGGUACUAAUCAGAUCAUGAAGCUGUUGGAGAAUAUUGAUGAAAUGGUGAGGAACAAUGGAGGAGAACAUUACAACAGUGAGAUCUUCCUGAAGACUCAGAAUAAACUCAGAGAGGAGAGGGAGAAAAAGAAACAAGAGGAGUUGAGGAAAAUUCACAUGGAGAUCAGGGAAAAACAAGAGGAUGUGAAGGAAAAACAAUAUGACAUUCCAGUUCAUUCGUCUGAGUUGAGGAUUUUACUGCUGGGAGACUCUGGUGUUGGAAAGAGUACAACAGGAAAUGCAAUACUGGGCAGAGAGGCGUUUAAAGAGAGCAGCACAUUAGAGAGUGAACUACAGAGGGGACGAGUAGAAGACAGAAACAUCUCAGUGAUCGACACUCCAGGACUUAACAACACCGAACUGACCGAUGAAGAGCUGCGGAAUGAAAUGAUGAUGAGUCUUUGUCUCUCUCAUCCUGGUCCUCAUGUCUUCCUGCUCGUCAUCAGACUGGACAUAUUCACAGAGGAUUUGAGGAAGAUUGUACAAAACAUUCAGGAGAAAUUUGGAGCACAAGCUUCCAAGUUCACAGUGGUGUUGUUCACUCAAAGACAGGAGAUGUCCAAUAGAGAAUGGAAGGAAUUUAGGCUGGACAGAAAAACCAGAGAACUUCUAAACUACUGUGAAGAAAAAUAUCAUUUGUUCAUUCAUAAAAGCAAGCAAGAUAGGAACCAGAUCUCAAGCCUGUUGAAGAACAUAGAUGAAGUAGUGAGGAAGAACGAAAGAGAACAUUACAUAAUAGAGAUCUUCAUGGAAAUCAUAGAGGAGGAGAGAAUGAAAUGUCAAAAAGAGAACGAAAGACGAGAGCAGGAGAAGGCAAUAAACCUAAAGAGGGACAUAACAUGUCAAGAAAAAGAAGAGAAGAAGAACAGAGCAGAGGACUGGAGGCAAGAGGAUGUGGGGGAAGAUGAAGGGUGGAAUGAAGUCCAACGAACAAGAGGUACAUUUGAGAAUGACAGACUGUACCAACCAGAAAGAAGAUCUUACCACACUGAGCGAUGUCAAAGAGAAAAAGAAAUAGGAUUUAAAAGCCCAUUGGAGAAUAUGGAUGAAGAGAUUCAAAAGAGUUCCAUGAAAACCAGAGAAGAGGAGGAAAAUGCAAUAAAUCUAGAGCAGGACAUAACAUGUCAAGAAAAAGAAGAGAAGAUGAACAGAGCAGAGGACUGGAGGCAAGAGGAUGUGAUUGAAGAGGAAGGGUGGAAUAGAGUCCUAAUAACAAGAGAGAAAUUUGAGAAAGACGGACUGUACCAACCAGAAAGAAGUUUUUACCAUACUGAGGGACGUCAAACAGAAAAAGAACUAGAAAGAUUUAUUUUGGAGAGGGAGAAAAGAACGAAAGAAGAUCUGAGGAUUGUGCUGCUGGGAAAGACAGGAUCAGGAAAGAGUGCAACAGGAAACACCAUCCUGGGCGGAGACUUAUUUGAAUCUGUGUAUUCAGCUGAGUCUCUCACUAAAUCCUGUGAAGUAUUCCAUAAAGUGCAAGCUGACAGGACCAUCACAAUCAUCGAUACUCCAGGGGUGUUUGAUACAUCAAAGCUUGAAGAGCAGGUAAAGGCUGAAAUAGUGAAGUGUGUCUGCAUGUCUGCUCCUGGUCCUCAUGCAUUCCUGUUAGUGGUCAGAGCAGAUGUGAGAUUCACUGAUGAAGAGAAGAACACAGUGAAAUGGAUUCUGGAGAACUUUGGAAAAGAUGCUGUAAACUACACCAUCAUUCUGUUCACUCAUGCCGAACAGCUGGGGGAUAGAGAUUUUUCUGUCUUUCUUAGAGAAAGUGAAAAUCUCCAGUCACUGGUUAACAGCUGUGGUGGCAGAUAUCACUUAUUCAACAAUGUGGACAAAGAUAAUCAAGAUCAGGUCACAGAACUGCUGACAAAAAUUGACAAAAUGGUGGAGGGAAAUGCAGGAAUGCACUACACCAAUGAUAUGUACAAAGAAGCCCAGAAAAUUCUGGAGUGGGAGAAUAUAAAACAAAAAGCAACAAACGUUGGAAAAAUUGCACUAGUUGCAUUAGGAGGAGCAGCGUUAGGAAGUGUAGCAGCUGUAGCAGCAGGAGGAGCAGGAGCAACUGCAGUAGUAAAAGCAACAACUACCUUUUUAAAAUCAGAAGUAAGCAGCGCAGUAAUGAAAAUGAUGACCCAAGCAGUAAUGAAAAAGCUGGAAGAGAUGAUUAAAUAG